CCUGUCUGUCUGUCUGCCUAGUGAAAAAUUAAGAAAUAUAUUUUCUAAUUACAUGUGAAUGUGUUGUGGCGAGUGUGCGAAAGUGGCAACGGCAAGAGGCAAGAAGUGAUCCACUCAACUCACAAAUAGUUCAAUCAGCCACAAGCCCAAAAAGUACAAAGUGAUUAGAGAGAGAGAGAGAGAGAGAGAGAGACGAGAAUGGAAAAGGAUCGUGAUGUCGAUGUCGAUGCCGAUGUGGAGGGAGCCAAACUUCUGGAUAAUGGCAAGUCAACAGAAGUGCCAACAGCCAACAGCACAACAACAAAGCCAAAAAAGAAAAAGAAACAACGUUCCGAACAGGAUCGUCUAAUGACUGAAGAGAUUAAUCAAUUGUUAACCGAAUCGCCUUUGGAAAAGAAUGUCACCUGCGGUUUUUGGAUAUUCAAAGGGAAAUUCUAUCAACUUUUCGCCAAUCAAACCGCCUAUGUCUUACUCUAUGGCAUAGUUGGUUGCAUUUUCUCCAUGACGUAUGCCUAUUUUAAUGGCACCAUUACAACCAUUGAGAAACGAUUUCGAAUACCCUCAAAGAACACUGGCAUCAUAUCAGUGGGCAAUGAUAUAAGUCAGACAAUGGUUUCAGCCGUUUUGGCCUACUAUGCGGGCAAAGGACAUCGUCCACGUUGGAUUGGCUUUGGUCUUCUAACAAUUGUGCUAUUCUGUAUGCUUACGACUACACCACAUUUCCUUUAUGGACCUGGCGAUGAUGCUUUGGCUCUGACCUCCGAAUUCGGGGCUCUACCCGAUGAGAAUGCCACCAAGGAGGCCAUUGAGGAGCAACGUUCCAAGACCUUGUGCCGCCUAAAUGGUCGUGGUGCCGAAUGUGAGGGUAAUGAUGGCAACUUUGCCCCGCAACUUAUACUCUUUGUGGCCCAAUUUAUAUCGGGCAUAGGUGGUUCACUCUAUUAUACACUCGGUGUAUCCUACAUGGAUGAUAAUACCAAAAAAUCAAAGACGCCAGCUCUGCUAAGUCUCUCCUAUUUCCUACGCAUGUUGGGUCCUGCCAUUGGUUAUGCUUUGGCCUCGUUCUGUUUGCGUCUGUAUAUUGCUCCACAAUUGCAUCCUGUGAUCAAUAACAAAGAUCCCCGCUGGUUGGGUGCUUGGUGGUUGGGUUGGAUCAUUAUGGGCGGCCUUUUGGCCUUUUCGGGUAUAUUUCUUUCCAUGUUUCCCAAGGAAUUGCCACGUGCUGCGGCCCGUCGCAAGGUCGAGGAGAAUCGUCGCCGACGCGAGAAUCAGAAACUAUCGCUUCAGAUAAAAGAGAACUCUGAGAAGGCCCAACUAUCAAUUGACUUGGAUCCGAAUAGCAAAUCAUCUCAGGUUGAAGUGAAAGCCUCGUUUAAGGACAUGUUAAAGACAUUCAAGCGUUUGAUCACCAACAAGACCUACAUGUGCAAUACCCUUUCCAGUGUGUUCUAUUUGGUUGGCUAUACACCCUAUUGGAUAUUCACACCGAAAUAUAUUGAAGUGCAGUACAGACAAUCGGCGGCCACCUCAUCCAUGGUGACGGGAACAGUUGCUCUGGCAUUUUCUGCAGUGGGAGUUCUCCUCUCGGGCUUUAUUAUCUCACGAUAUAAGCCAAAGGCACGUUAUAUGGCUGCCUGGAAUGUGAUUGUGGGUUUCCUUACGGUGGCGGGAAUCCUGGCUUAUGCCUUCAUCGGAUGCCCUGGCAAUGAGAGUUCAGUCAUUGUGAAUAUACACGACAAUUCGUUAAAUGAUUCGUCUGUUACCUGCAACUCGGCAUGUGGCUGUGAUUAUGUGAGAUAUUCCCCGGUGUGUGGAGAGAAUAAUAUGACUUACAUAUCGGCCUGUCACGCCGGUUGCAAAGGUCAACAAGUCAACUCAGAGGGCAAAAAGAUUUUCUAUGACUGCUCUUGCAUUCCCGGAGAAAGUGAGAACUCCACAGCUCAAUUCAGACGUCUUACUAGCUUUGAUAUGACUGACGACAAUAUAACCCUAGUGGAAAACUCCAACAGCUUUUCCGAAUUGGAGUUACUGUCCUCUGGUCAGGCCAUGCCUGGUGCCUGUCCAGUAAAUUGUUGGACACAAUUUGUUGCCUUUUUGGCUGUGAUGUGUUGCCUAAAGUUUGUGGGAGCCACAGGCAGAGCCUCCAAUUUCCUUGUCUCGGUGCGUUGUGUCCCGGAGAAGGAUAAAACUGCUGCCAUGGGCUUUGGCAUGAUGGUUUGCUCGUCCUUUGCCUUUAUACCUAGUCCCAUAUUCUUUGGCUGGAUAUUGGAUCGCAUGUGUCUGGUUUGGGGUAAAACUUGUACUAAUAAAGGCAAUUGUUGGCUCUAUGAUCCUCAGUCCAUGAGGUACGCUCUCAAUUUCACAGCGGCUGUUUUUAUUGCAAUUGGUGCCAUUUUCGAUACUGGUGUCUGGUAUUAUGUUAAAGAUUUGAAAAUUUUCGAUGAGGAUGUCAAGGAUCAGGAAAUGCAAAUUGUUAAACAUGAGGAAGAAGUGACGAAUGAGAAGAAUACAGAGAUUUAGUUAUAAGUUCUGUUCUGUUUUUCUAUUUUUUUAAUGUUAAGUCUCGUUUUUAUAUAUAUA